AAUGGCGGACAAAGUGGAGAGUCUCAUCGUGGGCAGAGAAACCCGGCGAAAUGCUGGAAACUUAAUGUCUAAACUGAUAGCAGAUGAGCAAGAAGUUGAUGAUUUUUAUAAAACAGCUUUUGGAGGUUUCGAAGAAGAAUCUGGGGAUGAGAAAUAUUCAACAGAGGAAGAAGAAGCGGACGUUGUAGACUCCGACUUUAGCGUCUCUGAGACAGAUGAAGUGAUAGAUGAUCAGGGAGAUGACGAACCGGUAAAAAAGCGAAAAAAGCAGUUCAUAAAGCCGUAUAAAGCUCCGAAGAAAGACCCUGCACCUUCGAAAGCUACUAAUAAGGAACCAGAAGUGAAAAAACGGAAAAGUUUCGAGGACGCUCCACGAGAAGGUGUGAGAAAAUCAACCAGGGCGCUUACAGUUGAACGCGCUGAGGCAACGAAGAAUCGUUUCAAACUUGAGAAGGAGAAAAAGAAUUUGCUUAAAAAGAAGCAACCGAAAAAGUUUCUCGACAUGAGGCGCCUUACUCAAGAAGAACUUUUAGCAGAAGCGAAAAUAACGGAAGAGGAGAACGUGGCUUCACUGCAAGCUUAUCAACAACUAGAGGCCGAUAAAAAGAAAACAAAAAUCCAGAAGGUUGCAUUAAAGGGCCCCAUUAUCCGCUUCCAUUCUUUGUCCAUGCCGGUCGUGGAAGUAUCAGAGCCUUUGGUGAAGGUUGAUGACAAUGAAGACGAGGAAGUAAAUGUAGAUUCAACGAAGAGGUGCUGCAGAAAUUUUUUGAUUUUCACAGAUGCAAAGAAUUUUCCCUCUGCAUACUUUCCCUCUAAAAAACUCAAAGUUCCACACAGAACUUACUGUCCAGUCACAGGGUCACCAGCUCGAUAUCAAGACCCUGUCACUGGUUUACCAUUUGCAAAUGCCCAGGCUUUUAGAUGCAUAAGAGAGAGGUAUGCAAUGCAAGCAGAGGAAAUGAAAGGAAAGACUUCUGAACUUGAACAAAGAAGAGCCAGGAAGUUGUAGGAUAAGUAACUGCCUGCUUCAAACUGUACAGAAUGUGAAACUGAGAACCAAAAAAGGGAACAGUAAUACCAGGUCAUAAACCCCCUUAAACUUUUUAUUUUGCAACAAUAAUGAAUCAGUGAAUUAUUUUAUCACUUAAUUCAUAUAUCAUUGCAAAUAUGGGAUUAUGAUCUAAUAGUAUUUUCCAUCCUGGUUUUUUUUUCUCAGCAGUAAUCUUGCAUAAUCUUACUCCAAAUUUACAUCAAUGCAAGCUUAAUUUUCUUUCCUUUGGUAUCACUGUAUUGUAGAGAGUUUUUUUCGCAUACAAAGGUGCAAGAUUGUUCAAUGUUAUGAUAUGCAAGGAAGCGCUAUUCUUUAGAACUGAUCAUGAGUCAUGCAUGUGAGAGUGCAUAUUUGAGUUCUGACUGAAGCAACAGUUCACAAAUUCAAGUUUUUUAUAAUAAUCAUAUGAUAUAUAAUCACAAUGUACAAAUGUAUCUAUUAUUAUUGCCUCUACUGGUUGGAAUUCAAUAUGGUUGUCAUUAUUUCUUCAAGAGAAAAUAGACAUCACCAGUCACAUGAAGAGUAAACCACAUUCAUUUAUUGCUAUAUUAUGUAGUAUAGACAGUCUUAAAAUGUUUACCAGCCAAGUAUUGUUUUUCACUGUUGGUGUUUUUGUUGAGAGUGUAAACCACUGUUAUAUUUUUGUUAA